AUGCCAUUCCCAACUCACACCUCACGAACCUCCUCUCCCUCUCCAUCAAUCAAGAAGAGCCCAGCGAAUGAAUCCAAAGAACAACAAGACAAAGAAGAAAAGGACUCCAGCACCACCGCAAUGGACAACAAUCCCUCUCCACCCUCAAUAACCAUCCGCCGCGCAAAGCUCAAAGACUCCCAAACCCUCGGCACCAUCUUAGCCGCCGGGUUCAUCGACGACGACGUCUUUGGCGAAUAUCUCUUCCCCCACCGCCGCGAAUAUCCCGACGACUACCGUCUACAAUUCGCACGGAUGAUGCGCUCGCACAUGUAUAAACGCGGCCAUCGCGUCCGCGUUGCCGUGGACAGUUCAAGCUCUCGUGUGAUUGGCGUGGCUAGUUGGGAAAGACAGGGGAGGAAAAAGACGAGUAAAUCGACUACUGCUACGAAGGAGAAGAGAUCGAAUAAUGAUCAUAAUAAUAAUUCGGUCUGUUUGCUUUUCAAGCACGUUGCGAUUCGAUCCCUCGAUGCGAUUUCCAGUAUUAUCCACCCGGAUCGUUCCGUGUCUGUUGAGAAUAAAAGGAACUUUGACGCUGAGGUACCAAACUAUAAACACUAUUGGUCCGGUUCGCGCUCUGAGACGUGGUAUCUCAGUUUUCUUGCCGUGGAUGCCGAAUAUCGGGGCUGCGGGGCGGGAAGGGCGCUCGUGGAAGAAGGAAUCCGAUGGGGAGAGACGGAUGGAGUCUGUGUCAGUUUGAUCUCGACAGAGUGCGGAGAUGGGUUCUAUCAGAGGUUAGGGUUCGUGGAUGUAGGAUCUGCGACGCAGGGGGCGCUGAAGGGCCUGAGAGGUGGGAGUAUUAAGUUCUAUGAGAGACAUUUGGAGAAAUCUGAAAAGGAGGAGGAGGAUGAGGAGAAGCAGUCAUGA